AGGAAGCAGAAAGUGAACUCUUUAUUUUACGUUAUAGUGAGAUCCUGUCCUGCAGCUGGGCUGUGUAGGGAGGACAGUAACAGUGCUGAUGUGGAAUACAAUUUGUAAUACUUCUACUUAUAUUCUUUAUCAUAUUUAUGUAGGAAAAAGCUUUAUUCCAUAAAGCUUUGAUUUUUCACAGGGCCCUCUGUGUGCUUGUGUCCCUGCACUUGUGUGGCUGUUCACUGAAAUCACAGACACAAGAUACAGAGAUCCUUAACGGGAUUUGGUACUGGAGGUCUGAGGCAAGGUGUGAUUGGAAUCAGGUUGGGUGGGAAGAAUGUCAGUUUUAGGAAGAUAUUCUGAUGGGGAGAUGGGUUGGUUUUAUCAUCUCCCAAGAAUAGAUUAUAUAUUUUUAUUUGCAGCCUUCAGAUGAAAGAGUGUGUUCAUAUUUUAAAAUAGAUCUUUGCUUAAUAGUUGUAUUCUGGGAAAUUCUAAACAGCAACAUGUCAGAAUUCCACUGUCCUUGGUAAAUAAAAAGAAGACCCAGGAAUUCCCUGGGUUCUGAGUUCCAGAAUCAGUAAUGUGUCCAUGUAUUCCUUUCUGCUCUCUCACAGGAAAGAUGAUCCCCAGCCAGCAUUCCUGAGCCACGAGGAUGGGGCCAGAUGUACCCCUGCUCAAUGACUACAAACAGGAGUUCUUCUUGAAGCGUUUCCCUCAGACUGUGCUGGGAGGUCCCAGGUUCAGAUUAGGCUACUGUGCCCCUCCUUACAUCUAUGUGAACCAGAUCAUCCUUUUCCUGACACCAUGGCUUUGGGGAGGAGUGGGAACACUCCUGUACCAGUUGGGAGUGAUGAAGGACUUCUGCACCGCUGCGCUGUCAGGAGGACUCAUGUUUGUUACUGCACUUGCUCUUCAGAUGACAAACCUCUAUGCAAAGCAGAAAACAGUGACAGUGGAAAGAAUGCAAAUUCAGAAUACCCUGACAGAUGAAGAUGAGUUUGAAUUUUCCAGCUGUGUAGGUUCAGAGACAGUAAAAUUUAUUAUUCCUGGCAAGAAGUACAUAAUCAACACCGUAUUCCAUUCCCUUCUGGCAGGGGUGUUGUGUGGGCUGGGAACUUGGUAUUUGCUGCCAAACAGAAUAACCUUGUUAUAUAGCAACAUUGGAGGAACUGUUGUGAUCUUUGUGCUUGGAUGGGUGACCAUAUGCAUAGGAGAGUACUCAUUAAUCGUAAACACAGCCACCGAAACAGCCACUUUCCAAGCACUGGAUACUUAUGAAAUCACUGCUCUGAUGAGACCUUUCUACAUUUUUGUCUUCAUUGCAGUGGAUCUUGCACACAGGUUUGCUGUCAAUGCACCCAUUCUAGAACAGACAAACCAGAUUUUGCACAUCCUGUUUCUUUUUCUGCCAUUCUUAUGGGCCAUGGGAAUUCUGCCCCCGCUUGAUGCACUUUUUCUCUGGGGAAUGGAACAACUGUUGGAGUUUGGACUAGGAGGUUCACCUAUGUCAAGUAACACAAAGUUGUUAGUAAUGUUUCUCAUUUCUGCUGGAACAGCAAUAGCAUCGUAUUUCAUUCCCAGCCCCCUCGGUGUGAUCCUCUUCAUGACUGGAUUUGGGUUCAUACUGAGUCUUAACCUAAGCGAGAUUGGGUUUGCCUUCAAACACACCAUGAUCAGCCAUUUAGCCUCCAGAAAAUCCAAAAAUACGCACAGAGGUCUUAGAAUACAAUUGGGGUGGCGGGAACUUAUUUUCUAUGUGACUGUGUUGACAUUUGCUCUCACAGAAGCGAGCCUGCUGCAUCAAUUUGCAGGCUCCUCAUCACUUUCCCAAGCCAGUCCCCAAGCCAUAGCAAGUUACAUUCUGAUCCUAUUACUUGCAAUUAUGUGGAUUCUUAGAGAGAUUCAGAGAGUGUACUUGUUUGGAGUCUUCCGAAACCCCUUUUACCCAAAGGAUGUCAGGACUGUGGCUGUGUUCAUGGAGAAGCAAAGAAGGCUAAUGAAAGUUGGUGUUGUCAGGAGGAUUUUACUAACACUAGUGUCUCCGUUUGCUAUGAUAGCAUUCCUGUCGCUUGACCGUUCACUACAAAACCUGCAUUCUGUGUCUGUUUCCAUUGGAUUCACAAGGAUAUUUAGGAUGGUCUGGCAGAAUACAGAAAAUGCCUUACUAGACAUGGUGGUUGUGUCAGCAGCGCAAAUGUUGGUAUUUAAUCCAGACCUCUGGUGGAACAGGAGCCUUGACACAGGAAUCAAACUCUUGCUGGUCGGUCUCCUGCGGGAUCGGCUGUUCCAGUUCCUCUCCAAGCUGCACUUCGCCAUCGCCAUCCUCCUGACGUCGUGGACGGAGAAGAAGCAGCGCCGCAGAUCCAGCGCCGCCCUGAUCGCGCUCAACGUCGCCUUCUUCCCCGUCCUGCUGGCCCUGGUGGCCGUCUCGGCGCUGCUUUCCUCACCCCUGCUGCCGCUCUUCACCCUGCCCGUGUUCCUGGUGGGCUUCCCCCGGCCGCUGCGGAGCUGGCCGGGCCCCGUGGGCGGCAGUGCCUGCGUGUGCUCCGACACCGUGUACUACCGGCAGCUGGUGCCCAGCCUGGCCGCAGCGCUGCAAUCCGCGCUGGCGGCCGGCGGCCUGGGUCUCUCUCUGCCUGGGUCACAUUACUUGUGCCGCUUUCAGGACAGGCUGAUGUGGAUAUUGGUGUUGGAAAAAGGCUUCACAUACUGUGGUGUUAACAUUAAGGGACUAGAGCUGCAGGAAACAUCCUGCCAUGCUGCUGAAGCUCAUAGAGUGGAUGAAAUUUUUGAAAUGGCCUUUGAACAUCAGGAGCACACAAGGAUUCUGUCUCCCAAUCCCCAUUUUGGACACAUCCUGACUCCCUGUACUGUUGUUCCUGUGCGGCUGUAUUCUGAUGCCAGGAAUGUGUUAUCUGGAAUAAUUGAUUCCCAUGAGAAUCUAAAGCACCUGAAAGAUGAUUUUGUUAAAGUGCUUGUGUGGAUGCUUGUCCAGUAUUGUUAUAAAAAAUCAAAGACAUGGGAAAGCCCAGGCAGUGCCAGCAAGAACAAACAAGGAUCAUUACCAGAAAAUCAGCAUAGCAGUGCAGUGAAAGGACCCAGAGCUCUGAGGGAAGAAGACAGCUUUAGUGUUGAUACAGCAGAGGACUGGACUGAUGAUAGUGACAUUUUUGAUUUUGAACCCAGUAGCAGAACAAGAGACAGAAAAGACCUUGGGCAGUUGGGACUGACACCAAAAGUGCACCUGUCUAUUCCAGGGUCUGUAGAAACACAGAGCCAAGAUUUCCUACAAGAAAUGUCGCCAGAAGAUAAAUUAAACAGGGCUGUGGUGUUUGGGCUGCCUGCUGUGGACAGAGGGAAACAGCCAGAAGUUUUGCCUCGUGUAGAAUUUAGUUGCUCUUACUCAGAGCUGCUGAGCAUCCCUGAAGACUGGAGAACAGCACCAGUGCCUUCUUCCAAAGUCAGUGAAAUGAGGCAGAGGUUUCCAGAGGAAUGGUACCACUUUGUUUUGAGCCAACUGGACUUUUUUCAUCUGAAAGAGAAGCCUCCCAGUUUACUCACAGACCUUAUGAAAGAUAAAGCUUUGAAAGACCUGUACAUCCACGGGGUGCUGUCGUGUUGCUUUGGUCUGUUUGGCCUGGAUAACGCCGUGCCUGCCCCUCGCCACGUGUUCAGGGCGUACACUGGUGGCAUUCCCUGGUCUGCUGGCUUGGACUGGCUAACAGGCAAACCAGAGCUCUUCCAGCUGGCAUUAAAAGCAUUCAGGUACACUUUUAAACUUAUGCUGGACAAAGCCAGCCUGGGCCCAGUAGAGAACUUCGAAGAGCUGGUGAGUUACCUGGAGGAAUACGAAAGCGAUUGGUACAUAGGGCUGGUGUCAGACCUGGAGUGGCAGCAAGCAGUUCUGCAGGAAAAGCCAUACCUGUUCUCACUGGGGCAUGACCCAAGCAUGGGAAUUUACACAGGCCGAGUCCUCACUCUGCAGGAGUUGUUAGUCCAGGUGGGAAAGCUCAACGCUGAAGCUGUGAGAGGCUGGAACAGACUCAGGCAGCCGGUUUGUAAUGUUACAGGUCACCUUAAAAACAGGUCCAGUUUCCAGUGGCUCAUUUAUCCUGUUCACUACCACCAGUCUUAGCACAAAACUGCAUUUUCUCAGCAGGUCAGUGGUUACACUGCAGGCAAAUGCUAAGCAGGGAGUAAGUAAUUGUAUUUCCUAAUCCUACAGAACCAAUUUAAAUCAGAACUGCUCCCUAACUGCAGCAGUACUGGUUUGGAACACCCAGCCUUGUCUGAUUUCAAGCACAUUUAUUACUUCUCACCUUUAAGACCUUUUCUCUCAGAUGAAAUUUGCCACAGAACUAAAUACUUGGCUGCUGGCUGUUCCUUUUGAUAGUGGCCAGAAAUUGUUCUUAAAAACUAUGCAAGUGGUGUAAUGGAUUUCCAGAGCAGGUUGGUGCCAUGCUGCACCUGGAAAUACAGAGCCAUGGAAGAGAGUUGGAAGGGACUUAGAGAGCACCUAUUUCAGCUCCCUCUCACGAGGAACUGACCUGGCAAAUGUUUACUCUGAUUUAAAACUUCCAAUGCGAGGAGUGUCACGAACUCCUCAAGCAGUUCACUCCACUUCUUUUCUACUCUUGCAGCAGCUGAAAAGUUGAAGUUAUUUCCUAAAUCUAAUUAACCCUCCCUUGCCUCAUUGUAAAUCUUUUACUUCUUGUCUUCCGUAUGGUCUCAGAAAAUUUAAUUAUCUUUUUUGUAGCAGUCCUUACUCAAAGAUGGCUGUAAUUUCUGCCCUCAUCCUUUGUCUUUUUUAAACUAAAUAAACCAGUUGAGAAAAAACUGAAGAGAGCUGUGAUCCUGUUCCCUUCCUUUCUCUGGGUUCUCUCCAUCUGGUCCCCAGCCUUGAGGAGAGCUGCUGAUAACUGGGCCCAGUGUUCCAGCAGAGAUCCUGAUUGGCACCAGAUGGAGCAGCACAAUUAGUGCCGGGCACAGUUCCUGCUGGAGCACAGGAAUGUGGAGCUGGGCUCUGCUGCUUGCCAGAUCCUGUCCCCUGCUGUCACAGGCAGUGUGCCCCACACCCCCACUCACUGCUCACAGAGCCCCUUGGCACAGCCCAGGGUGGUCACAGCCCUGAGACCCUGAGUCACAGUGACCUCACUUUAGCCUGUCUGCAUUCUGCUUUUGGCAGAAACAGGAGUUAAAGCUUCUUGUUCUGUCCCACAAAUCUGUGCAGCUGAGUGCCCCUGUUCAGCUGUUGGUUUCUUUGUGUGCUCUUAAGCCACAGUCUGUUUGGGUUGGAACAUUUCUUUGAUUUAUCUGGAAUUCAGGAAUUGGAGCACCUUCAACCUUGGCCUUGUCUGUGUUCACCCACUGCUACUGGGAUUACUGGUGGCAUCCUGGAACUGCACUCAGCAAUGGGACUGAGCUUGGGAGCCAGUGUUAGCCCAUGUGACCCCUGAACUGCUGUUUUCUAACCAGGUGUGUGCAGAGCUUUAUUUAAUUCUUCCCAACACCUCCUUGCUUUAGAUUGUGACCUUGAUCACACACAGGGAAGUGUAAGGGCAGCAGAGCUGCAAAAGGGGCCAGAGGGUAAAUCCUGUUGUGUCAGAAAUGAAGGGAUUUAGCCCUGAACACACAUUUUGCUCAAGGAACACAUCCCAAGCACAGACCAGACACCCUUGCCCUCUAUACCACACCCUCCUACUUGUGGGGGUCUUUUUAAUGAACAUGAAUUAGGAAUGAAAGUGAAGGAAACGGGAUCCUAGGGUCUAUAAUUUUAGGCUGUUAAUCAGGUAUUUGCCUGUGUCAGAGCAGCAGCCCAGCCUCUCGUGUCUCAGUUCUUGUAAGCUUCAAAAUUCAGCCUGUGGGAGUUUGGCAUGAAACAGGUGUGUUUAGAAAGAGAUUUUUAUUUAGUCAAGUGUGUCAUCAGCUCAAUAGAUCUGUCAAGUUACAGGAUGACAACGACAUAA